UUCUGUGGCUAAUUCAAAUAUUCGUUUUCGAGUAGGCUAUGCCUAUAGGUCUAUUUUAACAUCGAAACAAACAACAGAAAUAAUACUUUUCUUUUUUACAUUUUAAUUUUAUUUAGCAGCCGCCCUUUUCCCAAGCGACGUAGACCAUAGACAUUUUUGUAGGGAAAACCGGGCCGGACAGUCCCUGGAGCAAUUCGGGAUUGGGGGCUUUGCUCAAGGGUCCUGCGGUAAAAUGACUCUGCCGACUGCGGUGAUUUUACCAUUGCAGGCACCGCCUCCUGAGCCACCAUCACAAUAGGCCUAGUGAUAAUAAUAAAAUCAUCGCUGAAAAGUUUGCCAAUGUCACGCUUCUUGCAAUAUAGCACUUUAAAUUGUUUUGAUCCCAAACAAAUCGGUAUAGGUAUUUGUAAGUACUAUUAGUAGCUAGGUUAUUUCAUAAUCUCGUUUACUCGCCAGGCCCGCUUUCGCGUUCAGCACUGGAUUUUUCAACAAGUGUCCAUUCAGCCAAACGCAAAACCUCAACAUCUGACCCAGCUCCGGACUCCGCACGCGCCCCGCCAGGGGUCCGAUCCCGCGCGCCGCUGCGCUCCAGCGUAAUCUACGCCGAACUGAAGGGAUACACGUAUUACCGGGACGGACCCGCAGCACUGAUGGGGUAAAACUGAGGAGAGAGCCGGACUCGUCCGGACCUCGCCGACGGCAGCGACGACAGAGACGACAGAAGGACAUCUAAAGCGACAGAAUGCGACAGGUUCGGGUCGGAUGCGAAUGUCUGUGCGCUUACAGAAAGGAGCGUCGGGAGAUUAACAAGAGGAAUUAAGAGAAACCGAUGUCAACGUUAAAUCUCUUUCCCCGACGUGGACCAUGGAGAAAAGAAUGGGGUUUUUACUUCCGUUGCUUUACUUUAUGGCAGAGUUUUAUCUGAGUUCGCAGCAAGUCCUUAGAAUCGGGGGGAUUUUUGAGACCCUGGAGAAUGAGCCAAUAAGUGUAGAAGAACUAGCCUUCAAAUUUGCCGUCACCAACAUAAACCGGAACCGAACUCUGAUGCCAAACAGCACGCUGACAUACGACAUCCAAAGGAUAAAUCUGUUUGACAGUUUUGAAGCUUCCAGGAGGGCCUGUGACCAGCUCGCCUUGGGUGUCGCCGCAAUAUUUGGCCCCUCCUACAGCUCCUCAGUCAGCGCGGUCCAGUCUAUUUGCAAUGCCCUUGAGGUGCCCCACAUCCAGACCCGGUGGAAACAUCCUUCUGUAGAUAACCAGGACACCUUCUACAUCAACCUGUACCCCGAGUACACCUCCAUCAGCCGCGCCAUCCUGGACAUCGUGCAGUUCUACAAGUGGAAGACCGUCACUGUGGUAUACGAGGACAGCACAGGAUUAAUACGUCUUCAGGAGCUGAUCAAAGCCCCAUCCAGAUACAACAUUAAAGUCAAAAUCCGGCAGCUGCCAGCGGGGAACAGGGAUGCACGACCUCUGCUGAAAGAGAUGAAGAAAGGGAAAGAGCUUUAUGUCAUCUUUGACUGCACACACCAGACCGCUGCCGACAUCCUGAAGCAGAUCCUGUCCAUGGGAAUGAUGACUGAAUACUAUCAUUUCUUCUUCACCACACUCGACCUGUUUGCCCUGGACCUCCAGUCUUAUCAGUACAGCGGUGUCAACAUGACCGGCUUCCGCCUCAUCAACAUGGACAGCCCCCGCGUGGCUUCCGUGGUGGAGAAGUGGUCCAUGGAGAGGCUGCAGGCUCCUCCCAAACCCGAAAGCGGACUCCUGGAUGGCAUGAUGACGACCAAGGCAGCCCUGAUGUAUGAUGCAGUGAGCAUGGUUGCUGUAGCUGUCCAGCGAUCCACACAGAUGACCGUUAGCUCGCUGCAGUGCCACAGACACAAGCCCUGGCGCUUUGGACCGCGGUUCAUGAACAUGUUCAAAGAGGCUCAGCUGGACGGAUUGACUGGACGUAUAAUUAUAAACAAAACCGACGGCUUAAGGAAGGAGUUUGAUCUGGAUGUUAUCAGUCUGAAGGAGGAUGGUGUGGUAAAGAUUGGAGUAUGGAAUUCCGUCAGCGGCCUUAACUUAACGGACAGUGACAAAGACAAACCUACAAACGUCACAGAUUCGAUGGCAAACAGGACCCUGGUUGUCACUACUAUUCUGGAAAAUCCAUACGUCAUGUACAAAAAGUCGGACAAGCCUCUGUAUGGCAAUGACCGCUUUGAGGGCUACUGUCUGGACCUACUGAAGGAGCUCUCCAACAUCCUUGGCUUCUCCUACGAGGUGAAGCUGGUUUCAGACGGGAAGUACGGAGCCCAGAAUGACAAGGGGGAAUGGAACGGCAUGGUCAGGGAACUUAUAGACCACGUGGCUGACCUGGCAGUGGCCCCCCUGACCAUCACCUACGUGAGGGAGAAAGUCAUCGACUUUUCUAAACCCUUCAUGACUCUUGGCAUCAGCAUCCUGUACCACAAGCCCAACGGCACAAACCCGGGGGUCUUCUCAUUCUUGAAUCCCCUGUCGCCUGACAUUUGGAUGUACGUCUUAUUGGCCUGCCUGGGCGUCAGCUGCGUUCUGUUCGUCAUCGCCAGGUUUACACCUUAUGAAUGGUACAACCCGCACCCCUGUAAUCCAGAUUCGGAUGUGGUGGAGAACAGCUUCACUUUAUUGAACAGUUUCUGGUUUGGAAUUGGAGCACUCAUGCAACAAGGAUCUGAGGUGAUGCCCAAGGCUCUGUCAACGAGAAUCAUCGGAGGGAUCUGGUGGUUCUUCACGCUCAUCAUAAUAUCAUCUUACACUGCCAACCUGGCUGCCUUCCUGACGGUCGAAAGGAUGGAUGCGCCCAUUGACUCAGCAGACGACUUGGCAAAGCAAACAAAAAUCGAGUAUGGGGCAGUAAGAGAUGGAUCUACCAUGACAUUCUUUAAGAAAUCCAAAAUAUCCACAUAUGAGAAGAUGUGGGCGUUCAUGAGUAGCAGGAAGAACACCGCAUUGGUCAAAAACAAUGGCGAGGGGAUACAGAGAGUCCUCACUACAGACUACGCUCUCCUCAUGGAGUCCACCAGCAUUGAGUACAUUAGUCAGAGGAACUGCAACCUCACCCAGAUCGGGGGCCUGAUUGACUCGAAAGGCUAUGGAGUGGGCACUCCCAUUGGUUCCCCCUACAGAGACAAGGUGACCAUCGCCAUCCUCCAGCUCCAGGAAGAAGGAAAGCUGCACAUGAUGAAGGAAAAGUGGUGGAGGGGCAACGGCUGCCCGGAGGAAGACAGCAAGGAGGCCAGCGCUCUGGGCGUGCAGAACAUCGGGGGCAUCUUCAUCGUGCUGGCCGCCGGCCUGCUGCUCUCUGUGUUUGUGGCAAUCGGGGAGUUUAUCUAUAAAUCGAGAAAACACUCACGCAUGAGCCAGUGUGCCUCCUUCAACACUCUUAUGGAGGACCUGGGAAUCUCCUUCAAGUGUCUCAAGACUGCCAAGAAGAACCCAAGGACCAAGGGACGGUCGGGGCUGGUCAACUUUUUGCCAUGCCACCCCAAACGCAUCCUGAGGAAAGAAACCAUGGCGUAGAGCUGUCCUCUUUGAUUAGCUGUCUGUGAAAUCCCACCCACUACACCUUCACAGAAGUUGCAGAUAUACCACCAUUAUGGUGCUAUGCGGCAGUUAGUUUGCUGUAUGCAAAACAACAACAGCAACAAUAAUUAUUAUUGUGAUUCAGAACCCCAUCUGGAGGCCAUAUAUCCACCUUGUUUCUGGAUACACUCAAGAACUGCCGCUAAAUUUAAUUUCAAGUGAAGUCAAGUGGACUUUUACAUUGUUGUUUAGUUUUCUUUUUUAACUGCUAUUUUCAAUUGCACAGGCACAAAGACAUUGCAUUUUCAAAGGUUAAUUUUAUGUGAUGCAUAUUUUCAAUGUGAUUGACGUUAAAAAAAAGAGAUAAAAUAUUCUUAUGCUCCUCAGUUUCUCUG